AUGAUAGGUACAGCAGUAACUAUAGUCGAUACUCUGAAACCGCCAAUAUCAUCAUUAUCAACAAUGGAAGCCGUGCAAAAACAACAACAACCACAACAGCAGCAAGAUAGUGUUAAAUCACUUGAUUUACAAUGUGAUGAAGAAUUUGAUGAAACAUUAGCUGAAAGACCUAGUACUAGUCAUAAUCACUUACAUCAACAACAACAACAACAACAACAACAGUAUCGUCAGCAGCAACACAGUUCAACUGAUAGUAAUGUAUCAAUGACCAAUGGUGAAGCGGUUAUUGAUUCACCUCUGUUUAACAAAAUGAAACGUGAAUGGCGAAAUUAUGGUUGCUAUACGUCAUGUGAGGAAAUGGAUGAAGUACGCCGACGUGAAAAAGUAUCGAAACGUAAAAGUGUCACGUCAGCCCAUGGUACGAAAGUUUUUUAUCGUUGUAACAAUUGGCGACGUACGAGAUGUAAUUUUCGGAUGUACGCUAUUAUUUUCACAUCCAAUAAAAUAUGCUUAUUUGCAAGUGGUGAACAUGAUCAUACUGCUAAAGAUCCAUAUUAUGUUACGGAAGUUAUUACUCCACAAGUAGAAAGAGAUCCUGAAACAACACAUCCAACCACUGCGCAACAAGAUAUUCUUGCACAGUUCGUCAUGAAUGCUACUUCUAAUUUAUUGCCUGAUGCCCAUCCAGAGUCGAGAGAAGCGUCAACAUCACAGCUUUUAAUGUCUUAUUUAUCUCCCGGAUAUCAAUUAGCGGACGAACAACGAAUAACAGGAAUGUUGCAAUUAGCAAUGGAAAUUGAUCAUAAAUUCACUUUCAUUCAACGGAGUAAUGAAUUCUGUUUCGAACCAAAUGAUCCGACAUUGAAGGGCAGAAGCAUUGUGUUGUUAGAUGGCGGAACAGUCGUACUCGUUAUUGAAAGGUUUAAUGGAACUGAAUUAAGCCGUGAAAUAUGGCAAAAAGCAUAUUGGAGUCAGUUUCUUUGGGCAAUUCGAGGAAAAUGUAUGCGCGUAUUGUAUCAGAAUUUUAAGGAACCAGCUAAUUUAUAA